GAAACUCUCAUUUCAUACUAAAAUAUUUUCAGCAUGGUUUUAAAGAUUAGAUCAAUUCAACUUGCUUAGUACCAUGGGUCGCAUAAGAGUGAACAAGACUGUCGAAAAACCUAUAAGGAGGGAAGAAAAGAAACCUAUUACUGCAUAUAGAGCAACUAGAUUGUGGAAUCAAGUGGUGAAUGGCUUCAAGAGAUUUAUGCCUCUAAAACCUCAUCGUUUGAAGCUUCAAGUCUAUGAGGACAGUUUUAAGAGAGAUGAAGGACAGAAAUGGCUUGUUGAAUUCAUAGCCCAGACUGGAUUGUUGAAACCCAUUUCUAUGGAGAAGGCGGGGACACUGAUUGACAAAUUUGUUCAGCUUGGCAUAAUUGAAGAGGUUUGCUGCUCCAAAAACUGGCUGCGCUCUCCAACUGUUCUCUACAAAUUUAGCUGUGAAAGUAAAUUUCGAGUAGAAAAGCUAAGGUCACUUCGAUAUUAUAGUCGGACGCCUCUAAAAGGAACACCUGAAGUUGACCUGAAGUUGGCUAAAGCUGAGAUGUCCCCCGUAAACCCACCUCUGCGCUCCCAUACUCCUAUGUACGUUCCUGGUAGAGAAAAUCUCCUCAUGUACAAGAACUCUCCCAAGGUGGGAUUCAAGGAGGGUUCUAAAACUCCCCCUGCACUGAGAAAACUGCUGAACAACAACAACUUGAUGUGUACUCCUUGCAAACAAAAACAAAAUCUGAAAGUUGAUCUUGUGUUCUCGUCGACCCCCAAAGAGAAACGAACUCCACUCACCCGCAAAUCUACACCCAACAUUCUCGAUAACGCGCAGUACGACUCACCUUACGCUCGUGCACUCACCAAUAUACGUAGCUCACAGAAUGUGGCAAGGAGACUGAACAACAAAGGAGUUAAACGUCUCGGCAACAAGGGUCCUCUCAGAAAAGGGUUAGUGGAGAAACGCGGAAAUGACGUCAUAGAAAGUAUAUUGGACGAAUUUGACGACCUGAUUGAAGCUAUUGACAAACAGAACAGCAACCUUGUGAAAUCGUCAAAGUAGGACAUGUGCCAAGUGCAAUGAAUAUUUGUUAAUGCAGUAUGAAUCUUUAAAUGUAAACUAACUGUGGAACUAAAUGUGGAACUUCACCUUAUAUUUCAGUUUUUGUUUUUACUAUAAUUAAUGAAAUUUGAAUCAUUUAUAAAAUUUUAUCCUCGAGAGUCCGAGACUCCUGGACAUUACAAUGGUAAUAUUGUGAAUUUGCUUGAAUCAGAAUUUUGUUCCAAAUCAAAUAUUUAUAUGUAAAUUUAAAAAAUUGUUUGUUCGAAGAUGAUGAUCGUUUAGCCCAAAAUUUUCCCGAUGUAUCCCCUCGGUUUUAAUACUCCAAGGACCAAGUAUUUUGGAGAUAAAUUAAGAAAUUGUGAGUAACAAAGUGUUCACAACUGUUUAAUCAGAUAACGAAAUAACUGGAUAGUGAAUGAAAUCGCAAUAUAUUUGAUAAUCAUUUUCGAACUCGGUAAUACAAGUUAAUUUAGAUUCGACAGAUACGUUAGAGUUUAGUGUCUUAGGAUAGUAUCGUUAUUUUGCAAACAAUUUCAGCAUUUUUAUGUUAAUCUGACGAUGUUUAUGUCAAUUUUAAAUGAUAAGAAUUGGUAUCUAAUAUAUAGCAAUUUAUAAUUUCAAACAAC